CACACAAUGGAGAGCCUACAAACUCUCAUGCUAAUCAUUUACACUACUUUCUUUUGUUUCAUGCCCACUUCCUCUACAAUCACUCCAAAUCAGUCCUUAAAAUAUCAUGAGACACUUGUUUCUUCUGCAGGAACCUUUGAAGCUGGAUUUUUUGACUUUGGAAACUCAAGAAGACAAUAUUUUGGUAUAUGGUACAAGGGCAUAUCACCUAGGAUUAUUGUGUGGGUUGCCAACAGGAAUGUCGCAGCACAAAACUCAACAGCAGUUCUUAAACUUACUCAUGAAGGAGAUCUUGUCAUUCUUGAUGGCUCCAGAGGAAGAGUCUGGUCCUCCAACUCAUCAAAAAUUGCAGUGAAACCAAUUAUGCAACUUUUAGAUUCAGGAAACCUUGUUGUCAGAGAUGGAGAGAGCUCAGAGAACUUCUUGUGGGAAAGCUUUGAUUAUCCUGGAGACACUUUCCUUGCAGGCAUGAAACUGAAAAGUGAUUUUGUUACUGGUCCAUAUCAGUAUCUCACGUCUUGGAGGGACAAUGAUGAUCCAGCUGAAGGUGACUUUUCUUAUAAGAUCGAUACAAAGGGCUUUCCUCAACAAGUUACUACAAAUGGAACUACAAUUUUUUACAGCACAGGGCCUUGGAAUGGCUAUCUUUUCAGUGGUGUUUCUUGGGACAGAAUGCACAGAUUCUUGAAUUUCUCUUUUGAGUUCACUAACAAAGGGGUUUCUUAUGGAUAUGAAACGUUAAACAGUUCAGUGCUUACUAGAACAAUGCUUAAGCUCAAUCCAAGAGGGGGUACAGAGCGUUCUCUAUGGUCAAACCAAAAACAAAGUUGGGAUAUUGUAAACAGUCAUCCACUAGGUCAGUGUGAAUAUUUUGCAACCUGUGGUGUCAACUCUAUCUGCAAUGUUAAUAAUGAUCCAAUAUGUGAAUGCUUGCAAGGAUUCACACCAAAGUUUCAAUCAAAAUGGGAUUCUCAUGAUUGGUCUGGUGGAUGUGUCAGAAGAACAAAGUUAAGUUGUGAUAAUGGAGAUUGGUUUAAGGAGUACACAGGAAUAAAGCUUCCAGAAACGUCUUCUUCCUGGUUUGACAGGAGCUUGAGCCUUAAGGAAUGUGAGACAUUGUGUUUGAGAAAUUGCUCUUGUACUGCAUAUGCAAAUUCAGAUAUUAGAGAUGGUGGGAGUGGUUGUUUGCUUUGGUUCCAUGACAUUGCGGACAUGAGAACUCACACUGAUCGAGGGCAAGAAAUUCAUAUACGACUGCCAUUUUCUGAACAUGAUCAAAGAAGGAAUAAGAGGGACCUAAAUCCAAAGAGACUUGCAGGGACUGUUGUAGGACUUGUUACAUUCAUAGUUGGACUAACAAUUCUUGUGUGGGCGACUUCAAAACGUAUGAAAGGGAUGAAGCAACCCAAGCCAGUGAAAAAAGCUAUUCCUUGGAAGCACAUGAUGGAGAAGGAAAACAACAGCUUGCCGACAAUGUUUGAUUUUUCAACCAUCGAUAUUGCCACAAAUCAUUUUUCUAUCACAAACAAGUUAGGAGAAGGGGGUUUUGGAACAGUACACCAGGGAACGUUGAUAGAUGGACAAGAGAUUGCAGUCAAGAGACUUUCAAAAACUUCGAGACAGGGAACUGAGGAGUUCAAAAAUGAAGUAAAGUUGAUGGCAACACUUCAACACCGUAAUCUUGUAAAACUUCUUGGUUGUUCUAUUCAACAAGAUGAGAAGUUGUUGAUCUAUGAAUUCAUGCCCAACAGAAGCUUGGAUUACUUUAUUUUUGAUACAAUGCGAGGCAAAUUACUAGAUUGGGCUAAGCGGUUGAAAAUUAUCGAGGGAAUUGCUCGAGGUCUUAUGUAUCUUCAUCAAGAUUCCAGACUUAGAAUAAUACAUAGAGACAUCAAAACAAGUAACAUUCUUCUUGAUGACAAUAUGACUCCAAAGAUAUCAGAUUUUGGAUUAGCAAGAAUAUUUGGAGUAGAUCAAGCUGAAGCAAAUACAAGCAGAGUGAUGGGAACGCAUGGCUAUAUGCCUCCAGAAUAUGCAGUGCAUGGUUCUUUCUCAACCAAAUCUGAUGUUUUCAGUUUUGGUGUAAUUGUUAUUGAGAUGAUUAGUGGAAGGAAGAAUCGUGGAUUUCAUGACCCUCAUCAUCAUCUUCUCAACCUUCUUGGCCAUGCGUGGAGAUUAUGGAAUGAAGAAAGGCCACUGGAGUUAAUGGAUGACAUAUUAGAUGAUGGUGGAGACUUGUCUUUAGAAAUACUGCGGUGCAUUCAUGUGGGUCUGUUGUGUGUACAACAGAAUCCAGAAAAUAGGCCUAAUAUGUCAUCUGUUAUUUUGAUGUUAAAUGGUGAGAAGUUGCUACCAAAACCAAGCCAACCUGGAUUCUAUAUAGGAAAAGAUAAUAUUGCUGACACUGAAUCUUCAAAGCAAUAUGAAAAGUGUUCAGUAAAUGAAGUUUCAAUUUCAUCCUUAGAGGUGCGAUAGAACAUAUUUCAAGUAAUGAUAUAGUUAUGUAAAUGAAAUGCUGUUCAAAUAUGUUGAAACUUGUGUAUAUUGUAUAUGUGUUUUCAAACUUUCAGUUUAAUUUUAAAGUGCAAAACUUUUUACUGUCAUCACCAAGAUUGUU